CCCUUUUAUUGCAGUUAAUCAGUUCCUUGAAACGAGAAUGAGUGAUAGCGAAUUGCUCGACCAUCAGCUGGUGGGGCUAAACAUUCCAGUAAUGGAGGCAGCAGCAAUUGUCAACCUGACGCCCGAGGACCUUGAAGAUGACAUCGACAUCGUGUCCACGCACUUUGACAUGAGCCCUCCGCUAACCGACGACGAGCGAGAUUCGCUCUGCACCUCGCAGUACGCAAUGGUCGUGUUUCGGGACAUCUUGGACAGCUAUCCAACGGAUUCGGACGUGCGCUGCAAAUACGAACUCAACUCUGACCUUGAGGUGGACGAGGGGGACUUUGUUGCCCUUUAUCAAUGCGGAUGGUCCCAAGUCUCCGAGUCGAUCCUUAGGCAUCCUGCUCUUUCACCUGACAACCUAUCCAAACGUGGAGGGACCGUGAUCUUCCCAGCUGACGCCCUGCCAAAGGACGAACAGGAAUAUUACCAGCUGUGCUAUGUGAGCGCAGACGGAUCUGUUUGCGGUGCCAGCGUUCCUUUCUCAUUCAGGCGUCCGCACGAAGGAGAGCUGUGCACGCAGGAUAUGUCCGACAGUGACAUGGGCAUGGUCGUGGUGCGCAGCAGGACAGCUGUUGCCGAGGAAAAGCUGCGCAGGGUGGACGAGCUGAAUGAGAUGGUGCACAGAGAGAAAGAGCAGCUCGAGGCUGAGUUGGAAAAGACCAAGCAGAAGCUCACAUCGGCUCAUGAAAUGAUUGAAAAAAUGGAAUCGCUCUCCAAAGCUGACUCUGCGGAGAUAAAGGAAUUGAUGAAAUUCAAGGAAUCAGCGAAACAGCGGGACAGGCACAUGUUGAAACUGCAGGCUGAGAUCAAACAGUUGAACGAGUCACGUAACCAUGUUUGCAACGAGCUGCAGAUGUGCAAGCAGAACAGCAACACCCUGAACGCCACUAUCGACACUUUGAAUACCGACAAAACAAGAAUGGCUGAGAUGAUGAGGAAUUACGUGCAACGCAGCGAUUAUUUGCAGAAAGAGCUGAUGGAAAAAAUGAAGAUCGUUCCCAACCUGGAGCAGCAGAUUUUAAAUUUGACCCGUGAAAGUGAGAGUGCGAAGAAUGAAAACGAACAUCUGACUGAAAAACUGAGACUGCAAAGCCAAUGCGCAAGCGAGCGGGAAGCUCUCCUUGUGGAGGAAAUAGCCUCCCUGCGCAAUGACCUUUUGAAAUCCGAGAGGGUGAAGCAGGACGUAGAGUUGCUUCGCGAGCACCGCAGCAACCUGGAGCAGCAGCUGCAACUCACAGACGAGAGGUUCAGGAGUUUGAGGGAGGAACACAGCAACCUGAAGAAGCGAGAGACUGACUUGGUUAAUCAGGUGCUCAAGCUUAGCCAAACUCUAACUGAGCGUGAACCAGCCAUGCAAACGUCGCAGAUUUGCUACCGCUGUGUCAAUGCUGAAACAAAAGUAAACAAGCUGGAAGAUCAGGUGACUGAUUUGCGCCUGCGCCUGGACCAAGGUGCCGAAGAGUACAAGAAGAUUUUCAUUGAAAAGUGCAAAAUUGAGAAAAGGCUGCUUAGGAGUGCUGUCGUCAAGACUGGCGACAGCCGUGGUAGCAGCAGCAAAGAAAGUUCUUUGUCCCAAGAUAAAAAUUCUGGUGGUGGUUGCUCUACUCGUGUCUGUCCCAUGUGCGAUCUAACAUUCCCUGCUGGAGCCAGCGUGCUUUUCACGCAACACUUUGAGAGUCAUCUGUCGUAAAUGUCCAUUAUGAAAAACUUAAAACUUACUUCGUAUUGCAUAAGUGCAAUAUUUAAUUUUAAUUUAAAAUUAUCAGUAAAAUGUAGCAUUUAUCUAUACAAUAACUGCCUAAAACACACAAGAUAUCACUAGAUUAUUCUUAAAAAGGGCUGUGUGUUGAUUUAAAGCCGGCUAAAUUUUUUCCGUAGUGCAAAAAAUCAAUCAAUAGUUCCUUUCUAUGUAGUCCCGUGUUUUAACCAAGAAUAUUGUUGUAAUCUUUCUUGAACUGCACAGACAUUAAGCAUUAAACUUAUCAUAGUAUUUUAUGAAAAAUCCAAGGUUGUACAUAGCUAUAUCCGUGACAAAUAAAGAUGUUAAAUAAAUGAAAAAUCGAAAA